UGUUAAAGGCAGAGAAAAGAAAGCAGUGUCCGAAAGUUGGGAAAACAAAUUAAAGAAAAAUAAUUUUCAACAAAAUAAGAGUGAAUUUUAUGCAAAGGUAUAACCUUUCCUUGUUUUGCAAUGCAUCUUAAUUGAAGAGUCAUUUAAAAAAGCAAUCAAAAGAUUCUUUAGGACGUAUAUAUUUUGAGAGCGAAAAACGCACACACACACACAGCCUUACUGGAGCAGGCAUUGUUAGUAAAGCCAGAAAACAUCUUGUAUCUCUAACAUGGCAUCACUGGAACCAGCACAAAAUAAAACCUGGGAUUUAUCUCUGUAUGAGCUGCAGCGCAAACCUCAGGAAAUCAUUACGGACAACACAGAAAUAGCAGUUUCCCCCAGAAGUUUACACAGCGAGCUGAUGUGCCCCAUAUGCUUGGAUAUGCUUAAGAAAACAAUGACCACCAAAGAGUGUUUGCAUCGUUUUUGUCAGGACUGUAUUAUAACUGCCCUGCGUUCGGGCAAUAAGGAGUGUCCCACAUGCCGAAAGAAAUUGGUGUCCAAGCGUUCCCUAAGACCGGAUCCCAAUUUUGAUUUAUUGAUAUCGAAAAUCUACCCGAGCCGUGAGGAGUAUGAGGCUAUACAGGAAAAGGUAAUGGCGAAAUUUAAUCAGACGCAAUCGCAACAGGCAUUGGUCAAUUCCAUAAAUGAGGGCAUCAAACUACAAAGUCAAAAUAGACCACAACGUUUUCGUACAAAGGGAAGUGGGGGCGGCGGCGGCGGUGGUGGUGGUGGCGGUGUUGGUGCACGUGCAGGCACUGCAAAUGGAACAAAUCAUAAUUCUAAUCAUCCACAUAAUGUAUCGAAUGAAAGCAAUACAAAUGGCAAUGAAAGUGAUAGCAACAAUAGGGAAAGUUCCACAGGGCCUCCAAAUGUACCCCCACCUGCGGCCACACCACCACCCCCUACCCAUUCUACCACACCCAGCAAUAAUUUGGUGGCAACUUCGUCGACAGGCCUAAGCCAAGGGGCUAGCACUUCCUCGACUCGCAUGGAAGAUGGGGCCUCUAAUCCCCCCUCUGUGCGUUCCACUCCCUCACCAGUUCCCUCAAAUUCGAGCAGUUCCAAGCCCAAAAGGGCCAUGUCGGUGUUGACUUCAGAGCGUUCAGAAGAAUCCGAAUCUGACUCACAAAUGGAUUGUCGCACAGAGGGAGACUCAAACAUUGAUACCGAGGGAGAAGGUAAUGGGGAAUUAGGUAUCAAUGAUGAAAUUGAAUUGGUUUUCAAACCCCAUCCCACAGAGAUGGCCGGGGAUAAUCAACUAAUGAAAGCCCUGAAGGAGAAUUGCAUACGUUACAUAAAAACUACCGCCAAUGCUACGGUUGAUCAUCUCAGCAAAUAUUUGGCUUUGCGUAUGACCUUGGAUUUGGGCUCCGAAUUACCCGAGGCAUAUCGCAUGCUCAAUUUGUGCAUAUACAUUGCACCCCAACCUUCACAGUUGGUCAUUUUAAAUGGCAACCAGACAUUGCAUCAGGUCAAUGAAAAAUUCUGGAAAGUUAACAAACCCAUGGAAAUGUUUUACUCAUGGAAGAAAUCAUAAAAAGCGCCUCCUGUACCCAUUAGUAGUUUUUAAGAGCAAUGUUUGUAGAAAUUCCAAACGAGCUAUACCAACAAGGGCUGAGGUUACAUGCGUUCUAAUUUUUUUCAUUUAAGAAAAAAACAUUGGAAACAAUUUAAAAAUUAUGAGUGUAGUGUACUUUUUUCCUUUAACUAUUAGUAUUUAUAGAUUAUCGCAUUAGUUUUUAGUUAACAUGUAAUUAUGCAAUCAUUUCGAAACAAAAACAGAUAUUUAAUUGCUUUUAAUGUGUAAUCA